CAGCACUUUUCCGGUGGUGGCAGCAGUCCCUUUUCAGCUCAGAUCUGACAAACAUAGGGAUGAACCCCUGACAGAGAGGUAAACGAGGGUAACUCACCAUAUCAUUUGGAAAGUAGCUGACUGUAAUACACUUCGCCUUGACCACAAACAUGGCUGACAAGACACCGACAGAAUCCGAUGCUCCCUUCGCAACCAGGAUAGACCCAAGUAAAGAGGGUUUGUCUCCACAACAGUUGCACUUCAUCAGACAGGUAGAACGCGCACAGCUACAGAAGAGAACACAGAAGCUACACGGCCGAAACGCGGCCAUGGGACUCGCCGUCGGAGCAGUCGUCCUGGGAAUCUAUGGCUACACAAUUUACUCAGUUUCCCAGGAGAAGAUCGUUGAUGAACUUGAUGAGGAGGCCAAACGUCUCAGAUCACAGCAGCUAAAGACUGGUGCCAACUGAAAUCAGAGUUUUGGCUGUAUUUUGGAUUGCACCCAGUGUCCUGCACUAAAAUCAAGAAAAGACUGUUAUGGACACUGAUGCUACUGAUUUGUCUUCAUCGACUGCCUUUUUGUUCUUCCAAACCAAAAUAUGGCCUUUGUUUUGGUAUGAUGAGUAGGGCCGGAUUUAAUCAAUUCAUUCCACCUGUUCACAUGCAAGUAGAAGAUGGCAGGUACAACAUUUAAGUCAGGAUACAUGAACACCACGGUGGCUCUACCACAAAGAACUCCAGUGAAACUGCAGAAGAGACACAAGUCAGCAUGUUUAAAUGUAUUAUUUGUGUGACAAAAUGUGCAAAUAAAAUUCUAAUGUAUUA